GGAGGGCGGGGCCCGGCCCGGACUCGGUUUCCCGGCGUGCCGUCGGGCGCGGGGGGCGGUGGCGUCACUUCCGUCGCGCGGGAGGGGGGAGGGGCCCGGCCUUUCCGUGCUGCGCAGCGCCGGGAGCGGAGCGGCCGCGAUGUCGCGCUUCUUCACCACCGGCUCCGACAGCGAGUCCGAGUCCUCCGUGUCGGGGGACGAGCUCGUGGCCAAGCCGGCGGGCGGCAACUACAGCAAGCCCAUCCUGCUGAGCGAGGAUGAGGAGGACACCAAGCGCGUGGUGCGCAGCGCCAAGGACAAGCGCUUUGAGGAGCUCACCAACCUGAUCAAGACGAUCCGCAACGCCAUGAAGAUCCGCGACGUCACCAAGUGCCUGGAGGAGUUCGAGCUGCUGGGCCGGGCCUUCGCCAAGGCGCGCGGCAUCGUGGACAAGGAGGGCGUCCCCCGCUUCUACGUCCGCAUCCUGGCCGACCUCGAGGACUACCUCAACGAGCUGUGGGAGGACAAGGAGGGGAAGAAGAAGAUGAACAAGAACAACGCCAAGGCGCUGAGCACCCUGCGGCAGAAGAUCCGCAAGUACAACCGCGACUACGAGGCGCUGAUCGCCAGCUACAAGCAGAACCCGGAGCAGUCGGCGGAUGAGGACGAGGAGAAGAAGAGCCGCGACUCGGAGGGCUCCAGCUCGUCGGAGGAGGACGAGGACGAGGACGGGCUGAGCGCCGCCGCCUUCCUCAAGAAGAAGGAGGCCGGGGAGGCGCGGGGCCGCUUCCUCAAGAAGAUGGAGGAGGACGAGGACUCGGAGGACUCGGAGGACGACGAGGAUUGGGGCUCCUCGGACUCGGACACGGACUCGGAGUCGGACGAGGACGAGGGCAAGUACACGUCGCUGGCCUCCAAGUUCCUCAAAAAGGACGAGGACAAGCGCGGGGGCGAGAAGAAGCGCGAGGAGAAGGCGAAGAAGAAGCACGACCGCAAGGCGCGGCGCUACGAGGACGAGGAGGACGACAACGAGGGCGGCGAGUGGGAGAAGGUCAAGGGCGGCGUGCCCCUGGUCAAGGAGAAGCCCAAGAUGUUCGCCAAGGGCACGGAGAUCACGCACGCCGUGGUGGUGAAGAAGCUCAACGAGAUCCUGCAGGCGCGCGGCAAGAAGGGGACGGACCGGGCGGCGCAGAUCGAGCUGCUGCAGCUGCUGGUGGGCAUCGCCAACGAGAACAACCUGGGGGUGGCGCUGGAGGUGAAGAUCAAGUUCAACAUCAUCGCCUCGCUCUACGACUACAACCCCAACCUGGCCACCUACAUGAAGCCCGAGAUGUGGCAGAAGUGCCUGGCGUGCAUCGAGGAGCUGCUGGACGUGCUCUUCGCCAACCCCCAGAUCUUCAUCGGGGAGAACAUCGUGGAGGAGUCCGAGAACCUCGCCAACCCCGAGCAGCCGUACCGGGUGCGCGGCUGCAUCCUGACGCUGGUGGAG